AUGCCUGCGAGUGUCAUCCAAGAGCUGUUCAUCACCGAGCCACCUCCCAUCAACCACAUGAGUAUCACACAAGAGAAGAUUGAAAGCCCUACCACGCCUCCAAUCAAAGAAGUCUCUUGGUCCGGUGAGGAGCGAAACAACGAAGCCUCGGACUUGGAUGAUCUCGGAAUUGAAAUCAAACUGGAACUUUCUGCAGAAGAGCUACGUACUGUGAGCGGUAGCCCUAGAAGGCCCCGAUCGCCCGGAUUUCGCAGAGACAAGGUUCUAGCUGUUCGUCAGGUGCCGACUAUCAAACAGCUCUAUCAAGACGGCCAUCUUACCCCCGUGUCUGACCCAGUCUUCCAGCCAUCCCAUGAUCUGAACCGCUUUCUCCCUUUUCCAGUAUGA